UGUAUCUGCUAUUCUUCGUGAAUUCAAAUACUACAUGUUUUCUUUGUCACGUUUUCUCCUGGACAUCUGCAUGUGUGAUAUUAUGCGCUCACGUUUUCUUGAGCCCCGAAAUACCUUCCCUCACUCAUUUGUCAACGUUAGUUGGAUUAAGAAUAAAUGAUAGCAACGAACGUUGUAGACAAACUCUGUUAACCAGAAUGUUCGCUCCCGUGUAAUAUAAAUUAUUUUGCAUCGAAAAAGGAACAACAAAUUUGAUGCAAAAUUCCUUUUGUCAAAAGAACGAAACUCCCCACACCUCUCGCAACUGCGAGGGCUCAAGAAAACCAAGAAAACUUGCGCAGUCUUGUCUGAAUCUGCUUCCAGAACUAUGAGGACAAUAAUUUGUAAAUGUUACGUAAUGUAACUGUAAGAACCAUAUACAUUGUACUAUAUACUACACAGUGUAUAUGGAUCUUGCCCAGAACUAAUACAAACUGGUGCUGACGUCAACCAGAUACAAGGGUCAUGUGUCAACCCGCGUUAAACGAGAGCGACCGUAACAUGCGCUUCUUUUUUGAUGGUUUUGAUCGCUGAUCUGACAUUGAUUAUGACCAGUGUCUGAUCUUUGGUUUGAAUGUACUGUGUAUUCGGACAAGUCCGAUUUUCUCUCCAUGGAACGGACGAGAGCCUUACACAUACAAUUUAGUUCAGAAAUGAUGCAGAGAGUUGAAAUCAGUAACAAAUAUGAUAUUCCCCCUUUUUUAACCAUGUUUUUAUGGGAAUGCACAGAAAUUAAAAGGAUUUCAGAGUUGGAGGUCGCUUUAAAUUGUUAUAUAAUACACAGAUGACAAAUAGUGACUGAAGAGGUACUGUUGAGAAGAAAAUAAUGUAUCAUGUGACAAACAAGAAGAUAAAAAUGCAAUCAUUACUUUUAUCUUAGGUGAUAGUGUUACCAAGGUCUUGAGGGAAAUGAGUUAGUUGUGUUGUAGUAGCUCAUCAUCUGCUUUCACCAUGUCUGUCCAUAAUGGGUAUGUUGUAAAAAUGUUACUUUACAUUUUCGAGUAAACAUAAUUAAUGUCGUGGAAGGUUUUUUUAGACAUAUCAUUAAAAAAGUGUUAAAUUAUUUCUGUAACUACUUCCUUGCUAUUCAACUCAGCUGAUCAUACACAGGUGUAAAUUUUCAAGACUCAUGACAUAUCAAUUAGAAUAUCCAUUUGCAUUUAUUACCUACUCUUAACUACGUUCAGGAAGAAGUCAGACAUUUCUUCUUUGUACUCUGUAAGAACUCCAGUCAAGCAAUGUAUGACCCAGGAUUGUUGGAUUGUGAAGUGUAUGUGCUCGUUUUUCUCACUAGUUCAAUAUAAAUUGUACAUGUGUCUUGGAAGAAAAGCAGUUCAUGUCACAUAUAAUAAUAGAUUUACUGAUACAGUAAAACAUGCUUAGUGAAGAUGUACAAGUCCAAUGUGUAAAGAAACUGCGAUCUUGGCAAAUGCUUGGCUUUAUUUGCAUAUGUUAUCUUGUCUAAUGCAGAAAAAAAUAUUGGUCCCUUGAGAUUUGAUAUAGAGCAAAUUUUAUUGUAGUUUGAACCUUUUUUGUGACCAAUGAGACAUUUAAGUUAAAAAAUAACGGAUGUUUUUUUCAUUUACUGGUCGAUUUAAAUAUAAUGACAUGUGACAGUUUAUCAGCUGAGACAUAGUUAUCUAAUCGGGAAUUUGAACACCCAAAAUUGAAGUCUUAAUGAAGCUCAUGAUUGGAUAACAAUGCCCAGCUGAAUAUCACUAAAGGAAUUUAAAUCGAACAUUACCCAAAGUCUAUAAAGGUAUCAUAAACUUAAAUGAUAUGAAUGUUUUAUUUUUGUAGAAGAACAGUUACAAACUCAAAAGCUCCGGGAACUGGGUUGGUAAUUAGAAACCUCCAGGCACGGGAUAUAAGAUUCCCUACUUCCCUGGGUGCUCAUGGAUCAGAUGCAAUGCAUACUGAUCCAGAUUAUUCCUGUGCUUAUGUUGUUAUCUAUACUGAAAGAGAUGUGGAAGGGCAUGGCUUAACUUUCACCCUUGGUCGUGGAACAGAAAUCGUUGUCCAAGCUAUCAAUUCUAUGUCGUCUAUGGUCAUUGGCAAAGAUGCAGCUGAAAUUUUUCAGAAUUUUGGAGCUUUCUGGAGGCAACUCACAAGUGAAUCACAACUCAGAUGGAUUGGUCCAGAAAAAGGUGUUGUUCAUCUUGCUACAGCUGCGAUAGUGAAUGCACUGUGGGACUUAUGGGGAAAAGUUGAAAACAAGCCAGUAUGGAAACUUCUUGUUGAUAUGGAACCAGAGACGCUAGUACGUGCCAUUGAUUUUCGAUACAUUACAGAUGUAGUGACACCAGAAGAAGCUUUGGCCAUGCUAAAGAAAGCUGCAUCUGGAAAGGAGGAACGUGAAGCAGAACUGCGAAGAACUGGGUAUCCUGCUUACACCACUCAAGUUGGCUGGCUUGGAUACACCUCUGAUCGUGUAAAAGAACUGUGUGCCAAAUAUCUCGCAGAAGGGUUCACAGCAUUUAAAGUGAAAGUAGGACAAAAUCUGGAAGAUGAUAAAAGAAGAUGUGCUAUGGUCCGAGAAGUUAUUGGCUGGGAUAAAGUUCUUAUGGUCGAUGCAAAUCAGAUUUGGGAUGUUCAGCAAUCUAUUGACUGGAUGAAAGAAUUGGCUGAGUUCAAACCAUUGUGGAUAGAAGAACCAACAUCUCCAGAUGAUGUGUUAGGUCAUGCCAAAAUAUCACAGGCCCUGAAACCUCUGGGAAUUGGAGUUGCUACUGGAGAAAUGUGCUGCAACAGAGUUCUCUUCAAGCAGUUUCUGCAGUCUGGAGGCAUGCAAUUCUGUCAAAUUGACUCAUGUCGCAUUGGUGGGGUGAAUGAAAUAUUGUCUGUAUACUUCAUGGCCAAAAAGUUGGGAGUGCCAGUCUGUCCUCAUGCUGGAGGUGUUGGAUUGUGUGAAAUGGUUCAACAUCUGCAAAUGUUUGAUUAUGUAUGCUUAUCAGGCACAAAAGAAAAUCGUGUUGUUGAGUUUGUUGAUCAGCAGCAUGAGCAUUUUGAAAAUCCAACAGUUGUGAAGCGUGCUCACUAUCAAGUGCCAAUUGUGCCAGGAUAUAGCACUAAACUCAAGCCUGCCUCUGCGGAAGCAUAUGAAUAUCCGAAUGGUAGUAAGUGGCAAGAGAUGUUUUCUAAAGGUAUCUUUCCUAGACCUGCAGGCAAAUUUGGAGGUAACUAAAUGCACGGAAGACUAUAUUAUACUGAAGAAACUAGUAACAUAUUAAAAUUAUGUAAAGUAUAUGCAUUACAAAAUUUAAAUUGCAAAAACAAAAAAAGAACAUGAAGUUUUGAAUUUCUCAUGAAUUAUAUAUGUAUACGAUUUUAUGUAUUUAAUUUUUGGAAAAAUAGAAAUAAAAAUUCUUUUAUAAAAAA